AUGAAGACCAAAGAGGGUUUUGCUUACAGUAGCACUGUGAACCACAGUGCCUGCACGCUUGACCGUCAAGCAAGCAACCAAGACAGCCCCCACCAUCACCAACCUUCAGCCACGGCCCUCGACCGCUGGGACUUCCUGUCUCCUUGGUUCGAGCAACUGCGAGGCCACCUCAUGAUCAUCCCCAACGGCCACUUGGUGGUGCUCAACACCGAAGACAUCCGCUACCGUCGUCACAUCUUGGAGCCGCAACACGUCGACCCCAGUCAGCCGAAGCAGCACGAGCCCAGUCACUGGCGCACACGCGAGGCGCUGGAGCUGCUGGUGCUCGUGCACAGCGUCAAUAACCUGGCGUGGCAGAAGCUUCUUCUGCACAGAUGCGCCUUCAGGUUCAGCGACGAAGUAGACGCUUUCGACGCUAACGACGACAACGUCGACGCCAACUUGGAAAGGGAUUUUCUGGCUGAGGACAAGAAAUUUGCUCUGCAACUUGAACACGACAGGGAGGCGCCUCGCUUCACGUUUAUCGUGACGGUCGGCAUCCAGAAACCGGGAAAUCCGUCGACGGUGGUCCAGUGGCGGGAUUUUUUCCUCUCGCACAAGUCGAACUACGAGCCAAGACGAGGAAUUUAUCAAGAAUCCACGAGUACCGAGGAGCGUGGAGAUCGCGGUCGCGAUCUGCGUCGAGACCUCCUGCCAGGAGGCUCCUAUCGGUACGCCGAGCACGUCGCCCAAGUGCGCGGCCUGGUGGAUGAGAUGAAGAGUUACUAUGCCAAGGAAAUGAGGGCUGGCUCUGGUAUGGGGAAGACUAUUAGUGAAUGUGCCAACACGUUCACGUACCGCUUGGAUUCCAUGUCGCUCGAUGUGGUCGGGGUCACGUUGUCCGAGGUGUGCGUGACCCGCCUCCUGGACCUGGUCAGCACUGGGAUCCCAAUCAAACGGAUGGACGUGAAUCUGAAUCGGAGAUGCAGAGGCGGCAACUACUUCGUGACUCGCGAAGCACUCGCCAUGUUGCUGACUGGGCUGUUGGUAGCACCUCUUCGUCCGUUGCAGCAGCGCGUGCACUCUAUUGAGCACCUUUCGGUCACGUGUGACGACGACACGCCAUGGCACUGCGACGCACUGAGCGCGACGCUGGCGGCAGCGCGACUCCGGUGGGGACAAUCCGGAUCCAGGGCGGAUUCGGGGCCUGGGACCACAAGGCCAUCCGUCAAAGCCAACUGGACAUGCUCACAAGAGCGGUAUUGCACUCGUGGAGGAACUCUUCCUUUACGUGUAGAAAAAAUCUGGAAGUCUCAACGCAAUGAUGAAAAAUACACUACACCACGCAAACAAUGCCACCCGAUGCUGGUUUAG